CAUUAUGGCUGCGUCGGGAUAAGGGAAGGUGACCCCCGCUUGGAUCCCGCGGAGAUCUUCCUGUGCCCGCCUUGUGCAAGCGUAUCCGAAGGCGCCUGCGACGAGCAGUUGGAGCGCCACUGCGGGCGGAAAGACUGCGGCCAGGUCCUCGACGACGACGAGUUCUUCGUCGAGCGGAUUAUCGGCAGGAGGUGGAGACUCGAGGGCGGCGGGCACCUCUGGUUGGUCAAAUGGGAUGGAUACCCGGUGAAAGAAGCGCAGUGGCUGACAGAGGAGGAUAUUGGGGGCUUGGAGAAGCUCGUAGAGGAGUUCGAGGCCGCGGCUCAUCUACGGGAGCUCGCAAUUAGUGGAGAAGAGACCGUUUUGCUGAAGGAGGCGGUUGAUGGUGGAUGGACGCCGUGAAUGGCGUACUGGUCGUCCUCAGUCCCUGACUCCCUAGCGUCUGCCAAAUCCGUUGCUCUUCCUCGUCUCUAUCUUGAUCGGCAGCCACCCUAAGAUUUAUACUACGCGCUUAUAUCCUUAGUAUCUUUCUA